AUAUAUAGUACAUAUAAUCUUAAAGCACUGAAUUGUGUUGUGUCUCAAUGGCAUUUAACAAGUGUUGGUUGAUUUUGGCAAUAACAUUAUGUGUUAUUGGGAUUGGUUCAGGUGAUGAUGAUCAUGAGUUGUUAAGUGACAAUUUCUAUCACAAAACGUGUCCGAAAGCUGUUGAAACCAUUAGGAAGGCAGUGAUUGAUGCUGUUUCCCAAGAGCCUCGCAUGGGUGCUUCCUUGCUUCGCCUCCAUUUCCAUGAUUGUUUUGUCCAAGGAUGUGAUGCAUCGGUAUUGCUAGAUGACACCCCAAACUUCAUAGGUGAGAAGAAUUCAGGUCCCAACAAGAACUCAUUGAGGGGUUUUGAGGUCAUUGACAGCAUCAAAUCCCAAUUGGAGUCCAUGUGUCCUUCUGUUGUUUCUUGUGCUGACAUCUUAGCUCUUGCUGCCAGAGAUGCUGUUUUUGCUCUAAAAGGACCAAGAUGGGAGGUUAAAUUGGGGAGAAGAGACUCAACCACUGCAAGUUUAAGUGAGUCUAAUUCAGACUUACCUGCUCCCUUCUUCAAUCUCAGUUCCCUUAUCACUGCUUUCCAAAAGAAAAAUUUCACCAUCCAAGAAAUGGUUACUUUAUCAGGAGGCCACACAAUAGGACGAGUGAGGUGCAGAUUCUUCAGAGACAGGAUUUACAAUGAGAGCAACAUAGAUCCAAGCUUUGCAGAAGCAAUGAAAGCAUUGUGUCCCUCUGCAAAAGGUGAUGGAGAUGACAACCUCUCUCCCUUUGAUUCAACCACUCCAGACACUUUUGACAAUGCUUUCUAUCAGAAUCUUGUGAAUCAAAGGGGUCUUGUGCACUCUGAUCAGCAGCUCUAUGCUAAUGGAGCAGGCAUCACUGACUCUCAGGUCUUUAUGUAUAGCAGAAACUUUGGUCGUUUCAAGAAGGAUUUUGCAGAUGCCAUGGUUAAGAUGAGCUUGCUUUCUCCUCUCACUGGCAAUGAUGGUCAAAUCAGAACUACAUGCAGAUUUGUUAAUAAUUAGUUUAUUAUUACAAUAUCAAAAUUCCACUCUUUCUUAUCAUCAUAUCAUUCCUUCAGUCAUGUUUCUUUUCAGUUCAUCAAUUCAGUUGUGGAAUAUAAUAAAUAUUUACGUUAA